UGCAAAUUCUGCAUCUUGCGCCAUCACUGACUGUCAGGAUGUGUCUUGUGGUAGAGACCUAUAUAAAUGACUGUGGUGGUCGCACCAGCAGCAUCUCAUCAAGAUGAGUGCAGCACACGGCCUGUUGCUCUCAGUAACUUUGAUGAGCUUGCUAUUUACUGGCACAUUUGGAGCUGAUAUCAUCAAUGGCAAAAAAGCCAAGAAGAACUCCAUGCUGUACAUGGCAUCAGUGCAGAUUGAUGGAAAACACAGAUGUGGAGGAUUCCUGAUCCACCCGAGCUACGUGCUCACGGCCGCACACUGCGAUAAAAGUGGCAACAUGACUGUGAUCCUGGGCACCCACAACAUCAGUCCAAAAGGAGCAAAUCUGAAAAGAUAUACAGUGCAAAAUAAACAUAAGCGCCCAUCCUUCAAAGACGCCAAAACUGGGAACGAUAUCAUGCUCCUGAAGCUGUCCAAGAAGCUGAAUAAUGGCAAAGGUGUGAAAACCAUCAAAAUCUCGAGUAAGGACAAACCACUGAAGCCAAAAACCAAGUGCAAGGUUGCAGGAUGGGGUCAAACUGAACAGGAAAAUAUGGUGAACGUUCUUCUGGCGACAGACGUGUUGACUAUCAACUCCUCCAUCUGCCAGACAAUGUGGAAAGAAGUGCGAGUGAAACUCCCCAACAAUGUCCUGUGUGCUGGGGGUUUCGAGACCAAAAGUGGUGCUUGCCAGGGUGAUUCGGGUGGACCGCUGGUGUGCAGUGGGACAGCAGUGGGGAUUGUUUCUUUCAACCUGUCACAAAACUGUGACUACCCAAAUGUUCCCAAUGUUUACACUGAAAUUUCUAAAUACAGAGCGUGGAUCGAGGAAGUGAUCAGAGGAGGUGCUUGAUGCAAUGAAAAUGCAUUUUACUCUCGUGCAGCCAAAGUCAGCUGUUAUGGUGCCAUGUGUAUGCUAGCUGUCAAAGUUUGUCAAUAACACUUAGAAAAGAAAAGAACAACAAAAACUCAAUAAGCAAUGACUUUGCAUUUCUCCUUUCUAAAGCGCCACUUCAGAGAGAGCGAAACCAGCUUAGGGGGCUGUUUGAUUCUCAACCACUGCUAAAGUUCACCACCAUCACCACAUCCGA